UUUAUCGUCAAGGAGCAAUGCAAAAAAAAAAAAAAAAAAAUCACAUUAUAGUUAAACAAUUAAACUUGUUUGCUUCAUUUUUCCUGUUCUGGAAAACGUGACUUUUUGUCCUACUCAGAUGCUCCUCGUGUCCUUGAACGCACCUGUGACCACAGUCUUUGUGCUGAGCUGCAUGUGGGUCGUGUCGCUCCAGGGCCAUAAGCCAGGUCAGGCUCAGGUGGAUCCAUUGACGGCCUAUAGGGCCAACCCACAGUGCUGGGACUCUUCUUCGGUGGUGCUCCUGGAGAUGCGUUCCCCCAGGAUCGCAGACACAGUACAGGCUUUCUGGGACCUGAUGGUGUUCCUCAGAGCGUCAGACAACAGAAAACACACGGCUCUGUUCUGGGACCUGGCCCGGGUUUUCUGGGACAUAUAUGCUGACUGUGUUGUGUCCAGGAGUCACGGACUAGGGCGGAGACACGUCACCGCCGUGCAUUCGCUCAUUACCGACAAAUCCUUCAGGUUCAACAGCUCAGGUAUCAGCUCCAGGUCGUGGUUCAGUGUCAGAGUGAGACACAAAGGACACAUCAAGACCCUGAAGACCAGGCCCAAAUACCACUAAUACUCUCACCAUUAUAUGUGGUCUUCAACACCACUUUUCUGGUACAUCUCUAUGUUUGAUCCUGGUUGGAAAUGUUUUUAUGACAUUGUUAUUGUGUUACUGCCAUAUUUAUUCUUCUUGAAGAACCAAAGCUUUGAUUUACACACACAUGGUUUUAAUUUUCUGAAGACGAAUUA